GAAAGAAAAAGGAGAGGGUUGCUCGACAUUCACCGCCGCUCCACUAUCCUCCGCACCCUCUACAGUCGUUUCAGCCGCACAACCGCCACCGUGCCGCCUCCCCUCGCCCAUACAUCAAUUAUUUCUUCUAUUUAUUUCUCUCUCUCUCUACUUUUGGGAUUUCAAAGUUUGAGGUUAAACAAUUUUCAACCUAAAACUCAAGAUCGGUAAAUCGCUGAUCCGGGCACGCGAUUUUACACUACAGCUUUCAUAUUCAAGGCUCAUCGUUGAACCUCGUAGCAUAAACCCUGUCUACCAUUUCCAUGGCGUUUGCUCCUGCCAUCUCUCUCCUCAUCCCUCUUUCCCCUACCUUCUCUUUUCCCUAUAGGCCAUCUGAAAAGCCACCUCCCAAACUACUCUUUUGUCCUCCUAAAUUUAUUAACUCUGUCCUCUCCGCCGCUUCUUCCUCCAACAACCAACCGUCGCCCCCCUUCACUUCCGAGGAGGCCUUUCUCAAUGCAAUAGCCGGUUUCGGCGACUCUGAUAAACUUCUUCCAGUUGUCAGGACUUACGAAAAUGACUUGGCACGGCUGACCCUCGUUGGCGCCGUCGACUCUAGGCAAGCAAUUACUGCCGCUGCUGCUGAUGGUGGAAGCACCGCCGAUGAACAUAUAUCUGCCGGCAUGGCCGCCAUGGUUGUUGAGACCAUAUAUCCUGGCCCAGUCGACGAACGCAGCACCGUUUCUACUCGAUUGUUUUUGCCGACAUUCAAAGUUAAAGAACAGGCUAUAAAGCUCAGGAAGUCGAUGGCAAAAGAUAUGUUUCAAGGCAUCACACCAAAGAAUAUACUGUCGAUGACAUUUAGACAAGCAGUUUUGGAGCAGCUUUGGAGUCUUGAGCUGGCACUUUUUGAACCUGGAACUGAAAGAAAUAUGGCUGAUCUUGAAAAUCCAAGAGAGGUACCUGUGUUGUUAGCCCUCAGCUCAUCAGAUGAACAUGUAAUUUCUGAAAUUGGAGAGGUUGUCUGUGCUGCUGCCCUUGAAAACACUGGAAAACAUUUUCUCUCUAAUGUUGCUAAUAGAGCAUCCAAGAGAUCAUCAAGUUGGUUAGAGAAGCGUCAACAUAUUACAUCAAAGAAUUCUGCUGUUACUCUGUAUAACUUGGUUGAAAAUGAGGUACUUGCUAAUGCCAAGACACUGCACAAGAAGUUCAUCUCUGAAAGAGGGAAAUAUAACCUUAAGGGCUCGCAAUUAAAGAAAAGUUGGUUGACAUCGCCUGCAUUCUCGGAACUGGAAAAAAUUGGUGGUCCUGAAUUUUGUGCUUGGAUCAGUGAGUGUGUGCCAUCGUACAUGUUUGAAAUUGAUUCCCAUGGACGUGACAAUGUGAAAUUUGAAGGGUGGAAGACGUUGGGGGAAAAUAGAUUGGGAGUUGUUGUCACUCAUGCACAAAUGGUUAGCUUGGUUGACAUUCUAGAUAUGUUCUAUGAGGAUACUUUCACUCUGCCAGAAAAGACGCUCCCAUGUUAUACAGUUGCAAAACCAUCCAAACUGGAUAUCAAUAAGGGUAGUUUCAUGUUGAAGACAUUGUCAACUGUCCUUGUGAGUGGGAUAUUUUUUGUAACCAUCAGUGUUCUGGGAAAACUUUGUUUACCUAAGCUGCUGCCUAUCAGAAAGAGGUUUAUUCAGCAAAAUUCUCAAUCCCCAUUAUGUGACAUUGUUCAUGUUCCAGAUCAUUCUCUAGAACCCUCUGAGUUGGAAACAUGCUGUGUGUCAAUUAUUAGACGAAUCAAGGAUUCUUUUGGUUGGUCUGGAGAAAUAAGCACACCAUCUAGUGCAUGUGCAUGUAUCGGGGAACUUCCUAAAUUCAUGAGUGAAGGGGAUUAUAAAAAUUUCAGUACGUCGGACAUGUCGCCCACAUCUAUGCCAUUACAAGCUAGUGAAGAAGAGAUGAAAAGACUAGAAGACAUCGCUAGUUAUCAGGUAAUGGUGUCGACGGAUGGGAAAAUCAUAGGGUUCCAACCCGCUAAUCGAGUCGCUGUUAAUAAUUGGGCUGCAAAUCCAUUGGCCAAAGAGCUGCAUGGUGGGAAAAAACUAUCUCCUGGAUUGUUAGAACCUGGUCUCAAGAUUCGCAAUCCGAAUGGCAUGGUCGUGUUGGAGCUAUUGAUAUCAUUAAAUCCUAAAUCCUAUUUUGCAUUAGUUAGGGCUGUUGAUAUCAGCUCUACAAGUGUUGAAGGUUGAACUUCCUUAGUGUGAUAUUGAACCAUUCUCAGAUUUUGUAGAAUAUGUUUUUGUAGAUUUUGCAUUAUUUCCAUUGAUUGUUAGUAUUCAAAUUAAAUUAACGAGAUUGUUUCUUUAUUA